UAUAUAUAGCACAUAUCUCUCCCACCACAACCACAAACAUCUCUUCCAUCCACUCAUCCUGAAAAAGCAAACAAAAGAUCAAAGAGAUCAUAUAUAUAAUUCGAAGAGUUCAUUUCUUUUCACUUUUCGAAGUAGCAAAUCAAGCGAAAUGGCCGAGAAGACAAAUUACCAGCCUGCCUAUCCCUUGGCACCAGCAAAUGGAUACCCCAGAAGCGAUGAAGAAUCGGCGACCUUGAACCCCGACGAGCUACGCCGGAAGAAAAGGAUCAAGUUGGCCAUAUAUAUUGCUAUAUUUGUUGUGUUUCAGGCCAUAGUCAUCGCUGUCUUUUCCGUCACUGUGAUGAAAGUCAAGACCCCUAAGGUGAGGUUGGGCACGGCCGUGACGUUCCAGAACGUGAGCACUAGCACUCAACCUGCAUCGCCUUCCUUUGACAUAAGCUUCACAACCCAAGUUAGGGUUAAGAACACCAACUUCGGUCCCUACAAGUAUGACAGGGCCACUGUGGCGUUCAUGUACGACGGCGUGACGGUGGGUGAGGUUAGUAUUCCUAAAGGAAAGGCUGGGAUGCUUUCGACUAAGAAAGUUAGUGUUAGUGUUAAUGUGAAUUCAAAAGCUCUGCAAAGCACAUCGAAUCUUGGAAGUGAGUUGAGUAGCGGGAUCUUGACGCUGAGAAGCCAUGCCAAGCUCAGCGGGAAAGUGGAAUUGAUGUUUGUGAUGAAGAAGAAGAAGUCCGCCGAAAUGAACUGCACGAUGAGUAUCAAUUCAGUUUCACCGAAUGAGCUCCGAUAUUUGAAGUGCAAGUGAAAACUUAAUGAUCAGCCUGUUCGUUUUGAUCAGUAA